AUGCGCAGCUCCCGCUGCCAGGCCUCCUUUGGUGCCGCCGGGCAGAGGGAGGCCGUGAGAAAUUUCCCGGCGGCGCGGAAGAUGCGCGCCACUUCCGGCAGGGCUCCUAACAACGGGGGAGGCUGGAAGCCUUGGGAGCAAGUCCCCAAAAAGCCAAAGCGGAAGAAAAGGCGGCGGCGCAACGUGAACUGCCUGAAGAACGUGGUGAUCUGGUACGAGGACCACAAGCACCGCUGCCCGUACGAGCCGCACCUGGCCGAGCUGGACCCCACCUUCGGCCUGUACACCACGGCCGUGUGGCAGUGCGAGGCCGGCCACCGCUACUUCCAGGACCUGCACUCGCCCCUCAAGCCGCUCAGCGACUCGGAGCCCGACAGCGACAAAGUGGGCAAUGGUGUGGGGGCCAGCAGCUCCCCCUCGUCCAGCUCAGGCUCAGGCUCGGACUCUGAGGACGCCCCGGAGGCCCAGCCUGUGAGAACGGCGGCGGUGGCGGCAGCCGUGACCCCCACCAGCCCGGUGAGCAGCAGCGGGCUCAUCACACCCGACGGCGUGCACAUCCCCUUCGGCGUGCACCACGUGGAGAGCCUGGCGGAGCAGGGCGCCCCGCUGGGCCCCAACCCCGCGGGCAGCGGCCCCGAAGCCUUGGAGACCGUGGUGUGCGUGCCCGUGCCCGUGCAGGUGGGCGCCGGCCCCAGCACCCUCUUUGAGAAUGUACCCCAAGAGGCGCUGGGCGAGGUGGUGGCCAGCUGCCCCGUGCCCGGCAUGGUGCCCGGCUCGCAGGUCAUUAUCAUCGCCAGCCCCGGCUAUGACGCCCUCACGGCUGAGGGCAUUCACCUCAAUGUGGCCGCGGGGAGCGGCACCCCCAGCGGCGGCCUCGGCGAGGAGCUGCCCUGUGCCAUGAUGGAGGGGGUGGCCGCCUACACCCAGACGGAGCCCGAGGGCAGCCAGCCCAGCACCCUGGACGCCACCGCCAUAGCCAGCAGCAUCGAGGCCAAGAAAGAGAAGGAGGACCUGUACCUGCUCAAGAGGGAGAAGGAGGAGCUGGCAGCCCCGGGGCUGGCGGAGCUGGCGGCCACGGUGCCCGAGAGCGCAGAGGCCGAGGCGGACGGGGAGGAGCUGGACGGCGGCGGGGCCAUGUCAGCCAUCAUCUACGAGAUCCCCAAGGAACCGGAGAAGCGGCGGCGGAGCAAGCGCGCUCGCGUGACGGAUGCGGACGGCCUGCUGGAGAUGUUCCACUGCCCCUACGAGGGCUGCAGCCAGGUCUACGUGGCCCUCAGCAGCUUCCAGAACCAUGUCAACCUUGUGCACCGGAAAGGGAAGACCAAAGUGUGUCCUCACCCUGGCUGCGGCAAGAAGUUCUACCUAUCCAAUCACCUGCGGCGGCACAUGAUCAUCCACUCAGGUGUGCGUGAGUUCACCUGCGAGACCUGCGGCAAGUCCUUCAAAAGGAAGAACCACCUGGAGGUCCACCGGCGCACGUGCGAGAUCUGCGGGUACCAGUGCCGGCAGCGCGCGUCGCUCAACUGGCACAUGAAGAAGCACACGGCCGAGGUGCAGUACAACUUCACGUGCGAGCACUGCGGGAAGCGCUUCGAGAAGCUGGACAGCGUCAAGUUCCACACGCUCAAGAGCCACCCGGACCACAAGCCCGCCUGACCCCUCCCAGCCUCCCACCGCCGCCCCUAUUUAUUCGUCCGCUUGGACACCGUGUGACUGGACCGGCCGGCCGGGGAAGAGCCCCGAACGGCGGCCGCGGGGGUGCCGGGCCGCGGGCCGGAGGGAGGCGCCCCUCCCCCAGCUCCCCGGGCCCGGGGCUGGGCCCCCCCCCACGCCCGCCCGGUCACACCCCAGCUCCGGAACUGUCGC